GCGGCGGCGGCGCCGGGGCGGUCCGGCGGGCGGGCGGGCGGUGGGAGAUGGCGGAGUACCUGGCCUCCAUCUUCGGCACCGAGAAGGACAAGGUGCGGAGGAUUUCCCCGACUGCUGCAUCCUGAUCCUACAGGCUUCUGCCUGCAGCCUUCCACGCGUCCGGGAACGCCUCUAGUUUCUCUGGUUGUUGGAAGCACACACACAAAACCCUCCUAACGAAAAUUUGGUCACCAUCGGCCUGACCAAACCGGCGUGUUUUUCCACUCGUAAAAAUGAAAAGGGGGCAUCGAUGUGCUGCUGGACUAAAUUACUCUUGUCAGCCCCUGGCCGUGGGGCUUCUGCUCUGCUCUGUAGCGCUGCCAUUCCAGGAAAGCAGUGUCGGCAGCCUCUUUUUUGAGCUCUGUUACUGUAGCAUCCUUUCACACAAAGGAGAUACAUAGGAAUUUAAUGCAUUACAGUUUCAGAGUUUUAAUCAGGCAUGAAAUUCCUGUGCAGCUCUUUUUUUCUGUUAAAAAAAGCAGACGGAACCUUCCAGAAGGUGCUGAAGUUGGAGGCACUAUUGGAAAUUUUGUAGUUAGGUAUUUCUUUUUGUUUCAGGUUAGAGUUCAGAAAAGACAAGUCAACUGCUCAUUUUAUUUCAAAAUUGGAGCUUGUCGCCAUGGAGACAGAUGUUCUCGGUUGCACAACAAACCAACAUUUAGCCAGACCAUCUUGAUUCAAAACAUCUAUCGUAACCCCCAAAACAGUGCACAGACGGCUGACGGCUCACACUGUGCUGUGAGCGAUGUUGAGAUGCAGGAACAUUAUGAUGAGUUCUUUGAGGAGGUCUUCACAGAAAUGGAGGAGAAAUACGGCGAAGUCGAGGAGAUGAACGUGUGUGAUAACCUUGGAGAUCACCUAGUUGGAAAUGUAUACGUAAAGUUCCGCCGUGAGGAAGAUGCCGAGAAGGCCGUGAUCGACCUGAACAAUCGCUGGUUCAACGGGCAGCCCAUCCAUGCCGAGCUCUCCCCUGUGACUGACUUCAGAGAGGCCUGCUGCCGUCAGUAUGAGAUGGGAGAGUGUACACGAGGAGGUUUCUGCAACUUUAUGCAUUUGAAGCCCAUUUCUCGAGAGUUAAGGCGCGAGUUGUAUGGGCGGCGUCGUAAAAAGCAUCGAUCCAGGUCGAGGUCCCGUGAGCGCCGGUCCCGAUCCAGAGAUCGCGGCCGUGGCGGCGGCGGAGGAGGCGGCGGCCGCGAGCGCGACAGGAGGCGGUCAAGGGACCGCGAACGAUCCGGUCGAUUCUGAGCCAUGCCAUUUUUACUGUAUGUCUGCUAGAAAGUGUUGUAGUUUGACCAAACAAGUUCAUAAUGACAUUUUUUUUAAAAGAUGGGCUUCUGAAUAAAAAAUUUGUAGUGAUACAGUAUUCUUUGUGUAACUUGUUUCUUGUGGGGGGAGUCUUUUUAACUGUCAUUCCUCUAUCUUGACAAAUACCUGGAUAAGUCUGCCUGAGGGAAAGGUGGUAAAUGUAUUGGAGGAGCGCCAGUUCUGGUUUGGGUUUUUUUUAAAUUUUAUUCGGGUAUCAUUUGAACUGUUGAUGAAAAUGUGUGUGUAUAUAAUAUAAAAUAUUAUAUACAUAGUAAAAAUAAUAUACUGCUUAAGAAACAGUUACUCACAUAAGUUUCCCUUUUCUGCUAUGCUGUCUGCUUAUUUAGGUUAGUUUAGGCACAUUUAAGAGGAAGGCUGUGCGAAAUGCAUUUAUUUACUGAGUAGAAACGCUUAGUUACAAAAAUGUAUGUUUGUUUGUUACCAGAAGUCUGUGCUCUGUCUAUCAAUGUGACUGUGGCAUUUACAAUAAAUCCAAUUUCUUGGUGUAAAAUCUAAAGCCUAUUUUCUAAGCACUCUGGAGUAGUUGAGUUGCUACUCCUAGCUGCCUAUUUUCUAAGCACUCUGGCAUAGUUGAGUGGCUGCUCCUGGCUGUGCCAGAGUUCAUAGUUCAGGUUUUUAUAAUUCUUGACUAAACUCCUUUCUUUAGCUGGAAAGAAAGUUGCCUAGUGCAGUGUGGAAAAAAAUAAUAUUUUUAUUGCAAUGAUUCAUAAUAGGCAGGUGAGGGUUUUGUGAAAAAAAAAAGCCACCAAAAUUAUGCUCCAUGCAACAUAAUAGAGAAGUGCUAUUGAAGGAAAUGCAAGGAUCAAAGUCCUUAACAGACAUUUUUUUCUAAUCUAUGCUCUCUCACCCGUCAUUUAAUAAAAAGCAUUUUGUUAGCAUUCAAGGUCAUAGAAAACUAAUUGGAUGCUAGUGGAAAAUAAAUCUUAUUUCCACCUUUCUGAUGGUCUGGAGUGUGAUGAAAGCUAAUGGACAGAUGGCAGUUCCUUCACAAAUACUUCUUUUCUUUUUUUUUGAGCUCAGAUUGCUCAAUCACUGAACAUUGUAGGUUGUGUCCCAAAGCAUUAAAGCUCCAGUGGAAAUGUUGGCAUUCUGAGAGACAGUUUGUACAAUGGUUGACUUGCAGUUUCAUCUCAUUCAUGUCUGCUUUUAUUCAAAGUGUAAUGUAGCAAGAAGUUUUGGUCAUUGACCAUAUUUCUGCAAAAUAGAACUGUGUGUACACAAAGCUACGCAAUAAACCGCAGCUUUCCAGUGGGGGAGAGAAUUUGCUACUGCUUCCUUAGUUCUGAGCCAGAUAACUUGCUAAGUGAUAAAUCUCCUUGGUGAUUCUUUUUAAAAAAAAUGGAAAUAGGAUAGGAGUGCAUCACAUAGUCAGAUGAUUAACAAACCGGCUUCUUUCUGCCUCUUAAGUAUAGACCAUUUUUCUCACUGGAAAUUGGAAAACAAAACUAUCAAAAAUUGAGCUUUUCUAAAUUAAUCUGCUUUGCUUCUUAGACUAAAUUCUUGUAUCAAUUCAGUUUGAAUUUUUUUUGUUCCCACUGGAUGGUUUGGCUAACCAGACUUUAGAACUUGGUGUGCCAGGACCCUUUUAGAAGAAAUAUCACUCAAGCAGUGAAGCCCAUCUCCACAUGAUGUUUUGUUGUAAGUACAUAAAUCAAAUGAUGCUUUACUGAAAGAAAUUGAGCAGUGCCUGGCAUUAAAUGACUGAGAUGAAAUGUAUUUCUGCUGGGCAUUAGAAAUUUCACAUUGAUAAUUUAGUUCUUAGAGUUUACAGGAUAUUAAUCCAGUUUCAUAUUUCUCGUAAAUGAGAUUCAGGAUUAUUGGUGAGCUAAUUUAAAUUUCAAACUACAAAAGGUGAGGAUAGUUUUUGGUUUUUAAACAGUAUCUAAUACAAUGUGGAUAGUAUUUAAAAGGUUUAAGAUCUGCUCUAUAAAGCUAGUUUAAAAGUUAGUUGUUCUAUAAAGUUAGUUUAAAACAAGUACAGAUGUGUCCCUGUAAUGGCUUUAAUCAAUUUAUCUAAAUCCUCUUUCACUGCAGGUAUAUUUUUGCAUGAACAGAUAGUGGAAGGUGGAUUUUUCUGUCUCCCCUAACACAAUUUUGCUGAAGAAAGCAUCCUAGAAUUCUACCAAAUGUACAAUUUUGUGAUCUGAUUGCACAGUUGCCCAAAAAUUCCCCAAGUAACUGGGAUAUGUUGGAAUGGGCACUGAAAGCAGUGGAUUUUACUGGAUACUCUAAUGAGUGCCUAGUGACAGCAUUCAGCAUAUGAACUAAGCUCAUGACAUAUCUUUUUAGGUUAUCCUUUUGAGACUGUGCUGCCAGUAAAAUCCAUCAAAUUUGAAAUUUAAACUGCACCAAUUUGGUUAAACAUUUACACCAAGUGUUCGUUCACCAAUACAAACCAAGUGGAAAUCCUACCUCCCCCUCCUCUUGUUGCCCACAAUGUCUUUAAGAUUUGUUUUUUUCCCCCUCCUCCCCAAGGUUCUUACUUCUCAAAUAUUUCAUUGUUGACUCUUCUGUUGAACAGUGGAUCUUAAUUUAUGGAAUUCCUUUACCUCAAAUAAGUGACAGCAUACAGGAUUUUCUGAGGUCUGAGUCAAUUAGGUUGAAACUGUUAAUCCCAAGUGGCUUUGUAUUUGGCUCUUAUUCUGUGAAAACGCUGCUUGUCCAUGAAUAUGAUGUAUGUGAGACUGUAAAACCAAAUGGAGAAAACUUGUUCAAAAUAAAGCCUUUUUUUUAUAAGAA